AUGGAAGAAAAAGUUUACCUGCGUGAAGCCAGGAAAUUGGAGGCUGCACAGAGCAUCAUGGUGGAAACAUUCUGGCACUUACCGAAACAGAAUGGUGGCCGCAAUGUCCCUGAGCUAUCGGAGAACAUUAUAAUCAGCAGCCAGCUCAAGAUGCCCUUGUCUUCAUUUGAAGAGGCCAUGAAAACGAUAGCCUGUGUUUUCAGUGAAUACCUGGAGAAAAAGAAGGGUGCUUGUGGGAUGUCUAAGGAUCGGCUAAAUCAGAUGAUGGAAGAGCAGCUUCCACACAUUGAGAAGACUGAAAUCCGCCCAGGAGUUUUUGCGUUGAGAGUACCACUGAUCCAAAAUAUUGCAACUUGCAAGUGGGGGCUCAACCUCUCCCAACAAUUGCUGGCUGGGAGGCUUCCACACCCCACCAUCAUCCACAGCCAACGCCCUCCGCUCCAGCUGAGGAGAAAGCCGAGAAAGAGAGCCACACUCCCCCUCCUCCCCCAGGAAAUCCAGGAAAUCCGAGUCCUCCACAAGAGGAGAAAAGCGACUGAAAUCAGCCCAGGAGUUUUUGCGUUGAGAGUACCACUGGAAGAAAACCACUCAGAAGUUUUUGUGGUCAACCUCAUGGUGGGACUGAUGGGGGAAUUUAACACGGAAACCUAUGCAUCUUGGGACCAGUUCCUUAUGAUGGCCGCAGAAGUACUUUUAGAAUAUUAUAAUUUUAGAAGAUGAUUAUCUUCGAUUCCACACAAUGACACCAUGAGACAAUAAACAGUUGACUCAAACUUU